GUUUCAAAGGCAAAAGAAAAAAGUUCUUCUUACUCUUUCUCUUUCUACUAUUUCUCUCCUGUGGAGAAACAAAGGCGAGAGAUAGAGAGAAGAGAAUGUAUGUUUGGUUUUAUAAACUCUCUGCUUUUACCACAGAUUUGUCUCAGACCCACCACUUGGACACAGUUGGGUUCCUUUCUUUCUUUUCUCGAUCUCCUCCUUCUUAAUCUCCUUUUGUUUUUGAAACUUGAAGCCAGUUUCAACAUCAUUCUUAAAUUCUCUUCACAGUCUCCAACCUCCUCUCCUUUCUCUAGUUUAGUUGUUAUCUACAAUUUUUAGCACUUUGUACACUGCAUGCAAACUUCCCUGAUUGUUUUGUUGGCUGUGAUUAUUGGAAAUUCUCAGCUUCUAGGUGGUUAGUUCGAACCAAGGUUUACCUAGACACUGUUUUGUUUCUGUGUAACGGUUGUAAAAAUGGGUUCUAUUAGAGGAAACAUUGAAGAGCCAAUCUCUCAGUCAUUAACUAGGCAGAACUCUCUCUAUAGCUUAAAGCUCCAUGAGGUUCAAACCCAUUUAGGCAGUUCCGGAAAACCACUAGGAAGCAUGAACCUUGAUGAACUUCUCAAGACUGUCUUGUCACCAGCAGAGGAAGGGCUUGUUCGUCAGGGAAGCUUGACUUUGCCUAGAGAUCUCAGUAAAAAGACAGUUGAUGAGGUUUGGAGAGAUAUCCAACAAGACAAGAAUGGAAACACUACUACUCAUAAGCAGGCUACGCUGGGUGAAAUCACACUUGAGGAUUUGCUGUUGAAAGCUGGUGUAGUGACUGAGACUAUAGUUCCUCAAGAAAAUGUUGUGAACAUAGCUUCGCAUGGGCAAUGGGUCGAGUAUCAUCAGCCUGGACAACAACAAGGGUUUAUGUCAUAUCCGGUUUGUGAGAUGCAAGAAAUGGUGAUGAUGGGUGGAUUGUCGGAUACGCCACAAGCGCCUGGGAGGAAAAGAGUGGCUGGAGAGAUUGUGGAGAAGACUGUUGAGAGGAGACAGAAGAGGAUGAUCAAGAACAGAGAAUCUGCAGCACGUUCACGAGCUAGGAAACAGGCUUAUACUCAUGAAUUAGAGAUCAAGGUUUCAAGGUUAGAAGAAGAGAAUGAAAAACUUCGGAGGCUAAAGGAAGCGGAGAGGAUCCUCCCAAGUGAACCACCGCCGGAUCCUAAGUGGAAGCUCCGGCGAACAAACUCUGCUUCUCUCUGAUCUUAAAAGACUCUUUCUUUCUUUCUUUCUUUCUUUUCUUCUCCUUCUUCUUUGUGUUGGUUUAUAUCAGACAGCUCUGUUCUUUGUAUAUUCUGUAGACUUUAUUGACGUUGAACAGUAUGUCUUUAAAUACAUUUCUCAAGUGUAAUUCCUUUUGCAGCUGGUUCAAACUUUUGAGUA